CUCGAGGCAACAAUUAAUGACCUGAUUAAUGACACUUCCCCACACCCCAAUCGGCCACAGCAAGCCCUAUCUACAAGCGGUCAAUAUAUCUGAUAAGCGAAUGGCAAAACCGGAGUGUGAAUCUGAGCUUGCAGGACAACAACGCCAGGAUUACCGCCAGCCGAGCGCAUUACCUGGUUUUCAGUAGCCUGAGUCUACAGCAUAGGCAGAAGAAAUCUGAUUCAGAAUUUGAUGGCGCCCGCGGCCAUGGCGCCGGACCGCCGCGUUGCCCUCGCACGAGUAAUAAGUAUAGCCACCACGUUGCACCUCGCGACGUUAAUUUUGAAUUCGCUACUACGUCCAUACUGUGGAGAUGUGGUCACGCCGAGCUUUUUGUUGGGGGCUCUGCCUACUCCGCUCGGCUACGCGAAAAAGUUCCCCUGUCACUGGGGCCCGCUGGGGCGCUCAUACCACAUUCUGACCACAAUUGUGCCAACAUACCACGCGGUCUUCUCUCUUCAAGGGAGCGCCGUCUGGAUCUCUAUCGGCUUCCACUUUGUCGCGGCGCGCCUCGCGCUGGCGCUGCUCCACGCCACGCUGCGCGUGGACCCGCACCACCGCAUGGACCGAAUCCUGGCCUCCAGCCAGCGGCUGUGCGCGGUGGGGCACCUGCUGCGGCGCUCGCUGCUGGCGCCGGCCGAGCUGCCCAGCGCCUCGGCCUUCUGGUACCUGCGUCACAUGUUCUGCUGGGACCUCAUCUCCAACAUCGUGUUCCCGAGCGGCCUGCGCCUUGAGUGCGCAUAUGCCGGGGUAGCGAUGCUGGCCCUGGCCGCCCUGUGCGCCCGCUUCCACGGGUCUGGUCACCUGGAGGCCGCGUCCGAGAUGCCUGGCAUCAUGCUGCGGGAGGCGCUGGGCCUGGCCGCAAUCCUGGUGCUGGAAGUCGUGCGGCUGAGGGCCAGCCGCCGGGCGCUGGCGAUGGGGGCCGGCGGCGGCGGUGGCGGGCAGGGCUCGGGCGCGCUGGCGCAGCCCGGGCGCGGCCUGAGCCGCGUUCGGAGCCAGGGCCGCGGCAGCGGGGAGACGGUUGGGGCGUUGGGGGCGGCGGCCAGCGCGGCAGCGGCCCUGGCGGGCGGCAGCGGCGAGGCUGGUGGCCUGGGCAGCAGCACGCCUGGCGGCGCGUGGGACAAGGAGAAAGAGCUGGAGGUUGCCACGGAGAAGGGCGACGUUGGCAGUGGCGAUGAGGACUGGCAGCUGGGGUGGCUGCACACGCGGGAGCAGGCGCUGGAGCGGGAGCAGGAGCGGGACGCGGCGGCGGAGCGUGUGGCGGAGGGCGUCACAGACACCGAAGCGAGCACCAGGCUGCGCCAGCGCAUUUCGUCAACCUCUACGUCCGGCGCCGCCUUAGCUGACAUCAGUAAUGCCUCAGCCCAGCCUGCUCCGCAGCCCACCGCGCAGCCGAGCUCACGUCAGGGCGUGAUGGCGGCUGUGGCGGCUGCCGCGGGACCGCCCGUCGUACUGCUAGGCGGCAGCGGCAGCCCCGGCGGCCUGGGUGGCGCAGGGGCACUGCGCGGCAGCGCCAGCUCCGGCGUUGACGCGCGUCAGAGCCGCGACCAGCCGUCCACGUACCCGGUGGUCCUGACACGCCGCCUGCCACCCGGCGGCCUGCUCAGCCUGGCGCAGGCCGUCCAACGGAGGGCGCAGCUGCUGCAGGAGCAGCCGCAGCAGCGGCCACGCGAUGUCGCGGUGUCGGCGGCUGUGGCAGCGCCUCGGCCUGCACCGCCGCCGACGCAUGAUCAGGGCCUGCCGCAGCAGCCGCUGCCGCUGUCCCUGUCGCGUCAGGCGCUGCUUGCGCGCGCCGCCGCAGGCAGCUUCGGCCCGCCGGCGGCCGGCGCUGCGGUUGAGGCGGUCACGCUGCGCCGGCCCGCCCUCGGCACCCUGCCCAUCGCCGCGUCUCCGGCUGCGCCUCUGGCCGCAGUCGCCGCGUCCUGCGCUGCUGAGGCUGCCGACGUGUCUAACUCCCAUUCCCUCUCCCAGCGCCUGACACCGCGGCCGUUGUCGGUGUACGUGGGCCGCACGCGCAUGUCCAGCACGCGCAUCAAGAUCCGCGGCGGCGCCGACCCCACCCACAUCCCACCCGGGUACGGGGAACGCGUGGCGGCGGUGGUUGCGGCGGCGGGGCUGCACCUGGAGGGCGUGUACGUGCGCCGCGGCUGCAUCGAGGUGGUGCUGGAUGUGCGCGACCUGGGCGGCGGCGGCGGCGGCGGCGGCAGCGGCAGCACUGGCCGCAGCGCUGGCACUGACGGCAGUACUGGCGCCAGAGGCAGCGGCAGCGGCAACAGCUUUAGCAGCGUCGCCCCGGCUGACGGCGCCGCAAGCGCUGACGGCGCCGCAAGCGCUGACGGCGCCCACGGCCACGGCCACGGUCUUGAUGCCCACGCCCCGGGCUCCACGGCCGCGGCGGAAGCCGUCGCCUGCGACUUGCCUGAGCUGGUGGACAUCGGCCUCAUCAUCCGGGCGCUGCGGCUGCCGUACGAGGUGUCGUACAGCGGGCAGGGCGACAGCGCGUACGCCGACCUGUCCGGCUACGUCAGCGCGCCCGCCAGCGACCAGCAGCUUCCGCGGCUGCCGGAGCCGCAGCCGACUGAGGCGGUGGUGGUGGGCGAGGCUGCAGGUGAUGCGGAGCGUGCAUGGGCGCGGGCCGGCGGUGUGCUCAUUGGGGAUGGGAUCGUGCUUGGAGGCCUGGCGGAGUACGGCGGCGAGGGAGGCGAGCUGGAGGCGGAGGAUGGCGUGGCGCUGUGCGGCCCGGACAGCCGCUGCCGCAGCCGCCCCCGCUCCGACGGCCUGCUGCAGCGCCUGCAGCAGGGCCAGCGGUCGCCGCAGCUGCAGCUGGGCUCGGGCGGCGCCGCUGCCGACCGGGCUGCCGAGCCAGGUGCCGCCGCCGCGCACGGGCCGGCGCCGUUCGUGGUGUCUGUUCAGUCGCUGGCCAUGCUGCCCGCGGCGCCCACCGCUGCCGCCACCGCAGCUGGCAGCAGCAGGGAAGCGGCCGUGUGUGUAGAGGACGGCAACAGUAGUAGCAGCAGCAGCAGCAGCAGCCUGGGCAGCUCCGGCGGCGCCAUGUCGUUGUCGCUGACGCUGCUGGUGUGGUGCCCCGACAGGCGGCCGUUUGAGGUGCACGUGCGCUCACACGACCGCUACCUGCCCACCUCGCCGCCCAAGGUGUGCUGGGAGCUGCAGCCGCUGCCCGCCGACGGCGCCACUGACCCCGCCGCUGACGCCGACACGGCCGCCUGCACCCCGACCGCGGCCGCCUCCGCCGCCACCUUCACCGCUGUCUCCAUCACCGCCGACGCCUUGCUCUCUGGCGCCGUCGACACCGGCACUGAGACUUCCACCGACACCACCACCACGGGCACGCGCGGCACAGGCACCACUGGCACGGGCGAUGGCUACCUGGCCCUGGCCUCCCUGGAGGUCCACAAGCUGCCGUGCGCGCCCGCCAUCCUCAUGGUGGACGUGCGCAUGCAGGGCGGCAGCAGCGCCACCAGCGGCGGCGCCGCCAGUGCGGUGCCGGUGCUGCUGCUGGAUGACCCCUGGGUGGCCAACGAGAUUCACGGCGGCCUCAGCGACUGCCUGGCGGGCGGCUGCAGCGGCUGCGGCGGCGGCUGUGGGGAACCCGCCGCCGCCGAGGGCGCCGGCGCCUGCGGCAGCUACAGCGGUGGCGGCGGUGGUACCAGCGGCGCAGGCUGCAACACGUGCUUUCAGGACCUGCUGACAGACCUGGGCGCCUUCCUGCACCAUGUGCCCGCAGUGGCGCGCGCCGCGGCGGAGGCCGCCGCGGCCGCCGCCGCCGCCGCGGCCGCCGCCGCCGCGGCGGCCGCUGCUGCCGCGGGCCUGCCUGAGAUCGAGCCUGCCGCUGCAGUGAAUGCCGCGGCGGAUGCCGCUGCCGCGGCGGCGGUGGCGGAGCGGCAGCGGCGGCAGCUGGUGGAGCUGGGGCUGGGCCUGGCGGCGUGGUUUGCGGCGGCGCCCGCCACCUGGCCGCUGACGCUGGCGCGCCUGCGCCGUGACCUGACCGCCCUGGGCGCCACGACACAGCAGAUCGCCUCCGCCACAGCUGCAGCUGCAGCGGCAGGGGCAGGGGCAGGGGCGGCUGGAGCGGCUAGCGCUGGGGUUGUUGCAGGUGCGGCGGCUGGCAGCACAGACAGCCUUGUCGCCCCGACGGCGCACCUGCUCGGCGCCGCCGCUGCUGCAGCUGCCGGCACAGAGUCCUCGGCAAUGCCGCGCCUGCUGCCGGCUACCACCCCAAACCCGCCCACCAUUGGCGUUGCAGCUGCCACGGCCGGCACGCUGCCCCUGGGCGGCACGGCUUCUGUCACCACGGCACCUGCCACUGCGUUGCCCGACACAGCGACCCUGCUGCAGACCCAGGGCCACACGCACGUAGCCACGCCGAUCGGGGCGUUCAGUAUGUACGAGAGCGACGGCGGCCAGCUAUACAGCAGCAUGGGAAGCAGCGUCGCCGGCGGCGGCAGGCUGUGCGCUCUCAGCGCGUGCGCCGCCACCGCCAAUGGCGGCGGCGCAGGCGUCAGCAGCGGCUCCAUGUGGGCCGCGUGUGACGACAGCGGCGCCCGCGCUGCCAGCCUUGACGGCGUCGUCAGCGGUGGAGGCGGCGGCGCCGGCGGCGGCGGCGGUUGCAGGCUCGUCAGCGGCACCGGUGCUACGGGGGCGGCCGCGACGGCCACGGACGCCGGCAUGGGGCGGGAGCUGCAGCCGGUGGCCGCCAGUGGCCAGGAGGCCGGGGGCGCGGCGACCCAGUUGCUGCGGCCGGCAGGCGCCGGCCGUCGGGCCGCGUCCGAGGAGCAAGCGCGCGAGCGCGUGCCAGGCGCCAGCGGCGCGGCGGGCGGCGGCCUGGCCGGCCGGCUUGGCGGGCUGUUUGCGCGCUGCAACUCUUGCGGCAGCGGUACCUGCACCCGUCGCAACAACGCAGGCGCGAGCAGCAGCAGCGGCGCCCGCCGCAACGCCCGCCGCGGCGGCAGUUGCGGCGGCAGCCGUGACGGCCGCGGCGGCUCGGCUGGCGCGGCGGAUGGCACGCCGGACGUGCUGCUGGCAACCGGCGGCACUGUGUCCGCCUCCCCCUCCGACGACGAAGGCAGCGAUGAGCUCGCUGACGGCACGGAGAGCAUGGUGUGCGGCGUGUGCGGCAAAGCGCCGCCCUCGCCGCCGCAGUGGCACACGGCCCCAGCUGGCGCCGCCGCCGCCGGACAGAACGUCGCCUCCGUGCACGCUGGCAGCCCCGACACGGUUGGACAGGUUUCAGCCGGAGGCGCGAGGCCCGCGCGCCGCCCGCUGACGGUUGCGGUGGUGGUUGCGGCGGUUGUCGGUUUCGUCAGGGCCUUCAACCGCCACCUGGCGGACCCUUCCUACGUCGCCUACAUGAACCGGCACGCGGUCGCCAACGCCCACGUCAACGACGUGAUGGUGUUCCUGAGCAUGGCUGCCAUCAUGGCUCGCGGCCUACAGCAGGAGCCGCACUGGCGCGCCGCCCCGCUGCGGGACUUCCUCGCGCACCACGCCUGCAUGCUGCAGACGCUGACCGCCAGCGCUGUGGGCCGACUGGCCUGGCUGCUGCUGCCGCGCGCGCGCUGGGAGGCGCUGGUGCCGCACCUGCAGGUCGUGAGGUUCAUGGGCUACGUGGUCUCCGCCUCGCUGGCUGGCUGGGCCGGCUUCCAGAUGGCCACUGCGGUGGCGGUGUACCAGGCCAGCCCCGCAGUGUACGUGGGCGACGCCCUGGCGCUGUGCUUCAGCAUCACAGUGCUGCCCUCCACCGCCGCCGCCUUGUUCCUGCUGCGCAUCCCCACCCACGUGCGCAUGUGGGCGGUGCUGGGGCUGCGCCUGAGCCCCGUCGCCAUGUGGGCCCGCGCGCUGGCGGUGGCGGCGCUGUCCAUGGCGACAAACCUGGGCCUGCACGCCAUGCUUAUGGCACAGCACGCGCGCCGCAACCGCAGCAGCGGCGGCGGCGGGAGUAACGGCAGCGGCGGCAGCGCUGAUGGGGGCGGCGGCAGCGGCAGCCAGCAGCUGGCGGGGGCUGGCGGGAGUGGGAGUGGAAGUGGACAUGGGGGACGGCUGGUGACGGGUGGUGCGCUGGCGGGAGCAGGGGACGGCGCGGCGGGUGCUGCUGGCGCGUCUGCAAUGGAGGCCGCUGCGGCGGGCGUGGUGGCGGGCGGAUCUUCGGCUGGAGCCAUAAGGAGGCGGGUGCGUGCGGCGUAGCUGAGGCGGCGGUCGUCGCGUGGGUUUUGAAGGGUUGCUACGCACUCUGCGUCACGUAGCAUUCCUGGGUUCUAAUAGCACCUCGCGCCGCGGCCGCGGCGUAGGGUUGUGGCCGGGUGCAUCCUCAACUGGGUAGCAAGCUGCGAUCGGCUGGAGAUGAAAGGAGACUGACGACCCUUUGGUGUGGACUGGAUUCAUGGGUGCGCGGCAUAUGACAAACGCACUUCGUGGCAUAGCUACUUGCCAUGCUCGCAGCCUGCGCAGGCGGUAUCGCUCAAUAAGCACAGUACGGUGUGGUAAAGUGGCGACAGACCAAAGCAAAGCUUUCAAAGCUCAGCCGCCGCUUGCAUGCUUGCAGCAUGGAUACAGGUGCCCUUGCUGCGCACCGUGUUAUGUGUGCUAACGGCAAUGUUGUUGACGCUGCGGACGAUAGGACCUGGUCCGUGUACGGGAGAUGGUGCGUGGUGGGCGGUAGCUAGCCUUGAUAUGGUCAUCAUUGCAUUUUACCAUUCAAUUAUUCAUGGUUGUAUCCGUGAGCAACUACGGUACGGUAAUAGGGAUCCGGUCAUUUGACUGGAAUUAAACUAGCGCAGGGCAGUCAGGAAAAGCUGGCAUGCUCAUGAACUGUUCUCCUAUGUCGAUGACUGGAAACAGCAAUGAACAUGGACAAGGCUGGUUUGUGUUCGCUUUGGAUUCAUUCGCAUGCACACCAGCUGCGGUGGCACGGUAUCAUGGCUGCGGUUUGGGUGCUGUCACCUCAGGAAGCUCACGUGGUGCGUGACACGGGGUUAUUGUCGUGUCGGUCCCAAUUGUGGCCGUAGGCUUAACGGCCGGGCACCUGCAAGAGCCAUCCGGUGCCAACGUUCACGCCUUUAAGCAGAACUGCGGCAAUGUCACGCCGAUGUUGGUUACAUGAGAUUUACUUGUCGGUUGGGUUCGCUUCAGCUUGUUGAAUUAUGAACGCCGUGUCCCGGCACGGAGUAUUGUGGUCUGCCUCGUUCAGUCUUGAUCUGGAGGGUAUUGUAUGCGGAGAUAACCCCCCCAACAGGCCACCAUAUUGUGUACACGUGAUUCUAGGGUUGCGCCCUCGUACGCGUUCUUGCAAUGCAGCUGUCAGGUGGUGCGACGUGACUGGUCUGUGCCAGGCCGGGCAAUUGUAGUGGGUGUUUGCAUGUGGACACGACUCGAACUGUGCUCUGAUAGCUGCACCGACAAGGAAGUGGUUUUGCCUCUCCCGUCUGAGGCCGCAGGCGUUUACCUCAUCUCCCGGGCUGAUUCUUGCUAUGCACUCGUCAAUAAUAUGCGGCCAGAGCAUUGGUUGCGGUGGUGGGCCUUUAGGCCGAUGCUUACCGUGUGCGUGCUGUACGGUAGUUAGUUGCCAUAAUUGGCUCGGUAUGUAAACUGAAAGUUAUAGGCACGAACCAUUAAUGCUUGCGAGGCAAGAGCCGGCGGCUGUACCCGACGUGGUCACGGCUGUGUACGGUAAUCUCUGCGGCCCCUCUGUGUCGUCAACACCUGGUGAACACGGUGGCUGGAUGGAUGCUGGCCGGUGGGCAGGGGCAGGGGCAGGGUUGCCCUGCCAGUAGACAACCCAGCCUGCGCUUGGAGGGCUUACUGAAUAGUGGGGGUGGUCGACUGGUCGCUCAGUCGCUGCACAAGUGCACAGAUAGCACAGUACACGUGGCUGGGUUUCCAGCGACUCCAGCCCCCGGUGCCUGGUGCCGCAUAGCUAUGAGUCGCUUGGUGCUUUUACUGGUGGGUUGUGGCAGCCACUCGUCAGGCCGUUCAGUUUGCGACGCUUGCCCGCUGACCCAGGCUGACACCUGACCCGGACGACUACGGUAGGCCAUGCUCCGCAAGCACCGGCAAGCAGUGGGGCAGGCUGCUGGCCGCGGCUUGACCAGCCUGUGCAGGUCUGCCUGCGCCUCCACAGGCCCACCGCAUCUCUUCCAGCUGCCUUGUAACCCUCCUUCAGA